CUAAGAACCGCCGUUGACAGCUUAAAAAUGGAUGCCGGAUUCUCGUCGUACCACAACGGUGGUCCUGCGCGAGAACAGGAUUUUGGUAGAUUGUCCCAAUCGAUUGGCACUUCAAUAUUGAAGAUAUCGCAAAAUGUAUCUUCUAUGCAGAAGAUGGUUACUCAGUUGGGUAGUUCUACCGAUUCUCAAGAGCUUAGAAAUCAGCUGCAUCAAAUACAGCAUUACACACAGCAACUGGCAAAGGAUACCAGUGUUCACCUUCGAGAUUUGGCUAUACUAGCAAAUAAUUCUGGUUCUACAAGUCCUGGAGAGCAGAGGCAACGGAAAAUGCAAAGAGAACGACUUCAAGAUGAAUUUACCAGUGCAUUGAAUUCUUUUCAAGCUGUACAAAGGCUAGCUGCUUCUAAGGAAAAAGAAAUGGUUAGGAAGGCUAAGGCUAAUGCAGGUAUUGCACCGUUUGGAGAGAAGAAACAGGAUACGCUUAUUGAGUUGCAAGACAGCAGAACAUAUGGAAAUGAUUCAAAACAGCAACAGGAACAGCUGCAGGAACAAAUGAAUCUACGAAUGUUAGAAGAACAGGAAGCUAGUAUAAGACAAUUGGAAAGUAACAUUAGCGAUAUUAAUCAAAUAUUUAAAGAUCUUGGAGCAUUGGUUUAUGAUCAGGGAGAGGUGAUUGAUUCCAUAGAAGCGUCGGUUGAAAGAACCGAAGUAUCCGUCAAUGAAGGUGCUUCUCAAGUAAGGCAAGCCAGUAUGUAUCAAACCAAGCUACGAAAGAAAAAGUGUAUUCUUAUAAUAAUUGCGGCAAUCGUAUUGGCAGUCUUGAUUGGUAUUAUAGUUUGGCAAAGCAAGUAAAAAAAGUAUACAUACACAUAUUUAUAACAGUGUACAGCAUAAAGAGAUGUGUAGUGCUACAAAAGACUGCUGUCUAUAUAAAUGCAGAAUCACAAAUCAGCAAGAUUCUUAAUGACAUUCAUGUCCAAUCUUAAUUAUUUUAAAAUCACGCAAGAAAUAGCAUUGUCAUAGAAACACAGAAGUGGAGAAGCACACAUCUUGCGAAUUUAAUCCAUCUAAUUGUGAUAAUUGGUGCAAAUUCUAAUUUGCGAGAGAAGUUUUGAUGGCAUGUUCCAGAUUGCCGUAGUCCAUUUGUACGUUUCAAUAUUCAUAAACUAUCAAUAUAUAAUGAUCAUAUAAUAUAUAUACUCGAAUAUAUGACAAUUUAACGCAACUAGGAUAUAACAAAGCUAGAUAUGUAUGCAUGCGUGUAUGUACGUGAAAUAUUUGUAUAUGAUUAGUAAUGAAGUAUGCUUGUUAUCUAUAAUGCAAUUGCAUGUGCCUGUAAAAUAUCUUAAGAAUUAACAGAAGCUGAGAAUUUGAGAGAGAAUGUUAUACUUAAAAAACAAACUCACAAGAUUCAUAUAAAUUAAAUGUAUUAUAUUUAGUUUAGAGAUGUUGAUUUGUUUUAAACAAGAUAUAAUAAACGAUAUGUAUAUAUAACAAGA